CGCUUUCUUCCCCCUUACCAUCUCGGACAAGAUCUUGGAAGUGAGGCUACCAUCCGCGGUUUUGCGUUUGGUGGUGUCACUUCGCGGGGCUCCGACCGUUAGCAGUUGUGGUGUAUCAAAUAUUCCGCGUGCUGUGUGGCCCAGGAGCAAGGAAAGUACUCUUAGAGUUGCUUCGCGAACGUGAACCAUUCCUACAUACAAUCUCGCAUCACGCACAACAAACACACACAACACAGGAGUCGAACUCCUUCCGAAUAGCUAGCUACACAUCACAGCCAGACGACUUCUUGUACUUACAGUUCUUACUUUUUUCCUCCACAUUUUCCUUACUUUUUCUCUGUUCAUAUUGCUCUUUCUUUGUUCCCAGCACUCAAAAAAGGACGCGGCCGGUCCAUAAUAUAAGGCAGGUUGGAUUAUUGACAUAGUCAGGCGGACUCAAGGGGCGUCGUUAUCUUGUCCUGCCCCUAUAAGCCCCCGACUAUGACCCAUGGCAAAUUGGCUGGGUUGCAGAGGGGUCGGCGCACAUCAGAACCGUGCCGAGCCCGUCCCAAACCCUACAAAUUUCUCCGCCUUCCCGGAGGACGAAAUGCACGAGGUAUCAACAUGGUAUGUUGAUGCAUGCGACAGGGGAAUGGGUUUGGACGAGCCGUUUCUUGGGCGGAGAUGUACAGAAGAAGCUGCGAGCCUGGGGAUUCCGGGGCAGUCCGUGUGGACGCCAGUCCCGGGCGAACACCACGUCUUUUUCGUCCGAGCACCAACUCCUUCACCGCCUCGUCAGGUAUACGCUAGAACACCGACGGCGGUGCCACUCGAGCGAACAUCCUCGGGCCGCUCCAUAACCGCUGCGUCCAUCUCAUCAUGGGCCUUGGAACAUGCGGACGACACCGACCUCAAUCUUGUCUCCGACGCCGAGGCCGCUCGAUGGGUUGGCGAGUAUACGGCCGACUUCUUCUAUAGAUAUCCCGACUCCACGUACGAACGCAUACUGAGGACUUUGAUCACGCCGAGGCCAUCAUCUCCACUCACUAUAAACGGUGCCCACGAUCCGGACUUUGAGCUCGACGAUGCCGUCCUGGCGAGCAUAUUCUCGGCCACCAAUGAGAUGUUCUUCGCUGGUCGCCUGACCAAUCGCGUGUCGUGGGAUUGGUCCGGGACCAGCAUCAGCACAGGUUGCAAGUACGAAACGGACAUAAUCGGCACGACAGCUAUGCGGAAGCGGCCUGCCGGCGGAUACGAGGCGCUAAUCGUCCUGUCAUCCCCAAUACUCAGGGGCACCAACGGCGGCCUAUUCAGUCGCAGGCUACUGAUCUCGACCUUUAUCCACGAGCUCAUUCACUGCUACCUGUUCGUAUGCUGUGGUCAUCGUGCUAGGGAAUGUGGCGGUCAUACUGCCGGCUUCAUCAAAAUUGCGUCUGUCUUAGACGACUGGGCUGGUCACGGCGUCCUGCAUUUGAGGGAGAUGGAGGCUGACCUGGAGAGGUUCAGAACGACGGCUUCAGCGGUACAAACAGCAUAUGGCAUGAGCAAUCAUUCCAGCCCGUCUCAUUACGGACCCUGUUCUGGUCAUGGUCUGUCGAGCCGCAGAAGCUUGCAGGGCUGGGACUGUAGUCCGACUGGCGGCGGUCCCCGUGGCUGGGAUGAUUGCGGUCAGGGGUCAGGGCUUCUCCAUGACGACUGGCUCCGACGCUAGUGGUUUUUUUUGGUUAUUUUUUGGGGGUCAAAUGACCGUCGCGGCGUAUUGCUGAGCCAGCGCUAUAUGCUACAUAUAAGGAGGGGGCGCUCGCUUCGGCGAACACAGAUGAGUGCCGCUGUCGUCUUCAGGCUGGGUGUUGUGCUGAGACUGGACUUUCUUUCGCCCGUGUGUUCUUCUAUUGACUUGUCUCUUGUUUGUGUUUUAUAGCCUUUUUCUUUUCAGCACGGAGCCUGGCGUCUGAUCCUUUUCGUAUGGCUUCAUCUCUACAGGCAUUGCUUAUUGUACAUGUUUCUAUACAGCAACUUCCACUUCAUAUACAUAAGAGAACUAGUAAUGUUAGAUGCAUUAGUAUGGUAUGGAUGAAGAACCUUGU